AUGGCUUCUACUUUCAAUUCCAUUGCUCAGAUCACCGCAGAAAAAGAAACUUGGAAAAUACGUGUUAGGUGUGAGCGAGUAUGGUUUAAGUUUAUGAGAAGUCAACCCGAUGUUCGCACUGCAAUGGAAAUAUGUGUUCUAGACGAGGAGGGUGAUAAGAUUCAAGCCAUAAUUCCAAAAUGGCGUAUUUCGAAGCUGGAGAAUAUUAUUAAGGAAGGAUCAUUCUAUGUACUAGAAAAUUUUGAAAUACUUCCAAAUAAUGAUGAGUACGCGCCAACAAAACACCCUUAUGUUUUGAAGUUUCACGAGUGCACUUCUGUUAGGCCGUCGGGGAUUGUCAAUAUUCCCCGUUACAUUUUUAACUUCGUCAACUUCAGCGACCUUGCGAGUAAUGCUGAUUACUCUUUGCGCGUGUUUGAUGUUAUUGCCGAAGUGUAUGGUAUGGAUGAGCUGGUUAAAUACGACCGGGAUGGUCGCCAAAUGAUGAGGAUUAAGGCACAUUUACGUAACUUG